GCGUUGCGUUUUUCGUUUAAUAAAAAGGUUAUGUUAUAUUCUUAUUUCUUAUAUUUGUGUUUUUUGGAAUUGUAAAAAAAUGUAAACACGUUAUCUAUUGUAAGAUGUAUUUAGUUAUAAACAUAAAUGAAAAUUCAACCAAUUUUGUGACUUAUUUUUGAACGUAAUAGAAUAAACCGAUCAUGGCCAAACGCAAGGCUGCAAGUGAUAGCGAAAAUGAACAGAAGCCAGCAAAAAGAUCCAAAAGUUCCAUAAGGGAAGACCUAAACAUGGUCGUUAAAUCACCUACAAUAAAAAAAGAAAUUCAGUUAGAAGAUGAGACCACAAUUCGGCCUGAAGCUACACCAAAAGCGAAAAAGAAUAGAAAAAAUCAGGGAGAAGAGAAACAAUCCAUGAUUGAUUCAAUACUGAAUGAAACAAAACGUUUGGUAUUAUCUACUAAGAAACCAAAAAAAUCUAAAAAGUCUCAAAAACAAGAUGAUACUCAGGAAUUAAAUGAGUCCCUUACAAUCGAAAAUAUUAAAACAGAAGCCUUGGAUUCAUUUGAAAAUUCAAAUAUGUACAAUGUGCAAGAUGAAAAUGAAGAAUUUGAUGGUCACCCCAGCAAUGAAGAACCUUUAAAUAAUGUGACAAAUGGUGAAAAGGUGCCAAAUUCUCCUAGAAUUAACACAAGUUACCAAGAUGAGGAUGAUAGUAUGAUGGAAAAAAUUGAAAAGAAAGUCAAUAUUCUUCAAAAUAUUCAAGUAUCUCCAUCAAAAACAAAAUCACCACAAGAACUCCUAAAGGACUUAUAUCCCAAUUUAAAAUUGAGUCCUAUCAAAACGAAACUUAAGUUAAAGAGUAAUAGUGAUGUUUACAUGUUAAGAGUCCCUAAAAGUGUAGAUGCUGAUGCUCUUUUGAAUAUGAACAUUAACUUUGAAGAAAAAAGCAAAGUAACAAUAGGGGGUGACAAGUUUGUAAUAAGAACUUUGUCAAAAAUACCUGAUCCCACAUUUGCCUUAAGUACAAAAACCCACAUGAUCGACUUUAAAGCAAAUUUAGUAAUGGAGAAGUACAUAAAACCCAACAAAGGUCCAAAUGUACCAACUAUAGAAAAAACUGCAGUACAACUACCAAACACAUUGAAAAAUCGCCAUCCCCUAUUUGGUUCUAAUUUUGAAGAGAAGAUACAGCUUGAUGAAGCUGUGGAAAAGAAGCUGACUGAUGCUAUUAAUAAUCUUUUGAAGUCCAAGAAGAAUAAAAAAGCAAAAGAGGACAGAAAGUCACUUAUCAAUAGUACCAUGCUACCAAAUGUCACAUCCACUCAAUUUUGUCCAAAUGUUAGUUACAUUUCUCCAAAGAAAAAAAUAAAAAAAGAAAAACAGCAACUCGAAACAAACAACAGUGACAUAUUCAAUAAUAUAUCAAUAGCUGAUGUUAAUCCUGAUGACUUUAUACCUCCAAUAAGGAAAACAAAAAUCAAGAAAGAAAAACCAGAUCCUGUUUUUGAUAUUUCUAAUGACCUAGAAGAAAAUUCCGAUAGUCCUAAAAAGGCGAAGAAGAGGAAAAUUAAAGAGGAACCUGUAGAUUUUAGUCCGCCGAAGAAAAAGAAGAAGAAAAAGGUAAAAGAAGAAUAUGAAUAAUUUUUGUUUGUAUAUUAAAAAUGUUUUUAUACAAGAACUGCAUAAAUGUUAAUUAAAAUUUUU